CUUGUCCCGAUCGGGGAAGCUUCGAACAACUACCUGUAUGGGAUGUCCGUGCGGAAGCUCUUCUUACCUUUCUGCCUUCCUUCAUAAUCUCUUUCAUCCCAUCGCCGAGUCCUCGGAAUAUUUCAAUCUCGAAACAUACGAGGGAAAAUUCAUAUCUAUCAACAUUCAAAACACAUACGGAAAAUCUUGAAAUCAUGGCCGAAGCUCAAGCAACUAAUGCCGAAGCUCCCAAAGCCGAGGCCCCCAAACCGGAGGCACCUAAAACCGACGAGGCCACGACGCCAAUUCAGGAGCUCUGGAAGACUGUGCAAGCCCAGUCUCAUCCCGAAGUCUGGGGUGUCACUUUAGCCGACCCUGCUACUCAUGUUCCCAGCCAGAUCGUGCUGCAGAAAUACCUAAAUGCCAACGACGGCGAUCUCGUCAAGGCCAAGGAGCAACUUACUAAGACGCUAGAAUGGCGCGCUAAGCUACAGCCCUUAGAGCUCAUCAAGAAGAGUUACUCUAAGACGAAGUUCGAGGGCCUGGGAUACGUUACCAAGUAUUCGGCUGGUGAUGAGAAGGCUGCCGAGGAUAAUCCCGAGGCCCAGGAAGUCUUCACCUGGAACAUCUAUGGCGGUGUUAAGUCUAUGGAGGAGACUUUUGGUAACCUUGAAGAAUUUAUCAACUGGCGCGUCGCGCUCAUGGAGCUUGCCGUGCAGGAGCUUUCGCUGCCCACAGCGACGAAGCCCAUCACGGCUGACUAUGACCCUUAUAAGAUCUACCAGGUACACGACUACAAGUCUAUCAGCUUCCUACGACAGUCACCUCAGGUCAAAGCAGCUAGCACCGAGACGAUCCGCGUUUUCGCCACCGGGUACCCGGAGCUGCUUAAGGAGAAGUUCUUCGUCAACGUACCCGUCAUCAUGGGCUUCAUGUACGGCGUCAUGAAGCUGUUCGUCGCUCCUAAGACGAUCAAGAAAUUCCACCCCAUGUCCAACGGCGGGGCUUUGGCCAAGGAAUUCAGUGAAAGCAAAGUUCCUGGUCUUGGCGAGAAGUUGCCUGCUGAGUAUGGUGGUAAAGGUGCUGAUUUGAAGGCCUCCGGUAAGGGACCGACCGUGGAGUAGGCUGAUCAAGGGUGGCUUUAGGUGAUGACUCGUAUUUGUGAUUACAGGUUCAUGGGACGGUCGAUAAUGGAGGAUGGCAGUAACGAGACACGAAUGAUUUGGUUUGCGUUUAGACCAUAAGAUAUCUCACCACUACAGUUUUGAUUUAGCUCUAUCUAUCAACAGAAUACGUAGAACUAC